AUGGCUGCCAAGCAACGCGAGUUCAACUUGCGAAAUUUUUGGAUAUGCUUCUUCAUAUCCAUGGGCAACGUCGCCUUCGGCUAUCCAGCCGCCAUCAUCGGCACCACACUGUCCCAGCCAGGAUUUCUGAAGUACAUGGGUCUGGUUACUGAGCAUGGGCUUAGCGCCAACGCUCAUGGUUUGAUUGGGGCCAUGAAUGGUGUCUUCCAAGCCGGGGCUCUCUUCGGGAUUUUCACCGCCGAGAUGAUCAUGGACAGAUGGGGCCGAAAGUCGGCCAUUCUCUACACCGCCACCUUGUCUGUCGUCGGAGGGGCGCUGGUAACGGCCAGUCAAAGUGUCGGCAUGUUCAUUGCUUUCCGAUUUAUUGCUGGAGCCGGGUCGGGAUUGAUACAAGUCUGCCCAGUUUACAGCUCGGAGCUGGCCCCACCGCAUUGGCGAGGAUUCUUCGUGGGAAUGAACGGCAUGCUCAUCGCCACAGGCUAUGCUUUCGCCGCUUAUAUGGGACUGGCCUUCAACUCGAUCCAGAAUAGUCCCGAAGCGCAAUGGCGCGGCCCGUUAGGCAUGUCUAUCGUCUUCUCCACGUUCAUGAUCUUGAUCCUCCCUUUCAUUCCCGAGUCGCCACGGUGGCUUUUGAUGAAAGACCACCCGGACAAGGCUUGGGACGUUGUGAAAGAUCUGCAUCACGCGCACAAUGAUACGGGCCACGAAUUCGCGCGUCGCGAGUUCUACCAGAUCCGGAAACAGAUCGAGCUGGACCGGACACUGGACCAUUCGUGGAAGCACAUGUUCCAGAAGCCAACGUACCGUAAGCGGAGCUUGCUGGCCAUCGGAUACGCCUUUCUCGGAGAGAGCACGGCGGUGCUGGUCAUCACAAACUACGCGUCAGUGCUUUACGGGCAGCUGGGCUAUAACAGCCACCAACAGAUCUGCCUUCAGGCCGGCUACCACACGGUCCCAAUCAUCGGGAACCUGGUCGGAGCAAUGCUGAUUGAUAAGAUUGGACGUCGUCCGCUGAUGCUGCUGGGGCUCGGAGGCUGCGCGGUGUGCCUGUCGAUCGAGGCUGCCAUGGUCGCGUCAUUUACGGGGGAAGGCCAGGCGCACAGCACCGCGGGAUUGCACAUGGGCGUAGCGGCGCUCUACAUGUUCAUCUUCAUGUACGCGAUCGGCGUCGACGUGGCUGGCAUCGUCUUUUUCGGAGAAAUGUUCCCCAACCACAUCCGGGGCAAGGGCUUCUCGCUCAGCGUGAGCACCAAGGCCCUCACAGACUUGGUGUACCUAGAAGCGGCCUCGACGGCCUUUGCCAACAUCGGCUGGCGUUUCUUUUUGGUCUUCAUCUCCAUCGUCACCGUCGGCUUCGUCGCCAUGUGGAUCUAUCUGCCGGAGACCAAGGGCCUUCCCCUCGAGGAGGUUGCUGCCAUCUUCGGUGACCAGAACGAGGUCAUGCUGUACCUGAAGGACAUCAAGGUAGAUCAGGACUCCGACAAGCUCAAGAUCCACCACGUCGAGGACGAGCAUGAAAUUGUCAAGGUGGUCACCGACGACAUGAUCAAGGGCGCCACCGAGCAGCCUUGA